GGCAGGCUUCCGACGAGGAGUGCCCCUGCAGAACAACCACAGGGGUGCAACGCUCCAGAACUCGGAGUACCUCGCCCACGGGGAUACUGUUCAGCCAGUCGAGCUGGAAAACCUGAAAAGAGUCUUCAAGUGGCUGGACACCAAGAAAGACGACAAGAUCUGCUGGCAGGAGCUGUCAGAAGCCUUGGUAAAGCUUGGUGCGAAGACCGCGAAAGAUCAGAUCGAGCUCUGGAUUUGGGAGGUCGAUGAUGAUUUGGACCACAUGGUAGGAUGGGAUGAGUUCCUGACCAUGUAUCAGAGGUGCAUCUCCGAUCAGACCGGUUUUGAGCCGCGAAACCUCUUUAACUUGGUCCAGUUCCUGAUGUACGACAAGGACUUCCACGGCAAGAUCAGCGUGGAACAGACCUUGCAAAUCAUCUACGUGCGACACGGCCGCAAAUACUUGGAUAAAGAGAUCGGGGAGAUCUUCGGCGAAGAGCAGAAAGGAUCGGAUGGGCAGGAGUUGAAGAUCACCUUCUCGCAGUUUGUGGCGAAAGCCAACAACAGACUGUAUGAAUUGCGGUGGAAAGCGAAAGAGAUUGCAUAUCCCAUAACAGCGAAAGGGCAGUGA